GGCAAGCAAAGCCGAUGAGAUAAUAUUUCCUACACUCCAUCUGGUCAUUCAAAAUGAUUCGGACAUAUGCUUUCGCGCGCACUUUGUACUGCCGGUCAGUGACUUCCAGCCAAAUAUGGAAAGCACCGAAGGGGGUGUGGCGAGUGCCUUGCUGCCCGGGCUUAUAUCAGAAUGUCAACUGCCAGUUGGACUCGGGCAAAUCUUUUGCCACGGAGAUCCCCAUUUGUAAAGAACGGGACGCGCAUCACACAACACUAAACAUGUGUCCUCACGGUGUUCAGGUGCGUGCUGAUGAAAACACGCGCAUGCUGCAUGUUGCCUUGGAGGACGGCAAUGUGGCCAGCUUUCCAUACAUCUGGCUACGCGAUAGUUGCUUGUGCAGCGAAUGUCAUUCGCCUUCUUCAAGAUCUCGGAGUUUGCUGAUGGCUGAAUUGAAUGUGGACGUAAAGGCAUCUGCCUUUCAGGUGGAUCCAACUACAGGUGAUAUAGAGGUAACUUGGGACGAUGGUCACGUGAGCACCUAUCAACUUGACUGGCUUAAGAAACAUAACUUCAGUGCUGAGGCUCGCCGCUGUCGUUUGAGUGAUACCUACCUUAAGGGAGGUAAAAAGUUUUGGGGAGCCGAACUAAAUGGAAACAUUCCUAGAUUUGAUUUCAAGGAGGUAAUAUCUGACAAUGAGCAAAUGUACCGCUUUCUGGACACCAUACGGGUCACAGGGAUUGCGGUGGUUCAUAAUGCGCCACAAGAUACGGGGGUCGUUGUCACACUCGGGAACGCCAUAGCCUUCAUUAGACCAUGCAACUAUGGGGACACUUUUCAAGUAUACACGCGUCCUGAUCCAAAGAAUGCUGCCUAUACAGCCGGUGCAUUGGAAAUGCACACGGACUUAUCUUAUUUUGACUACAUGCCAGGCGUCCAGUUUCUUCAUUGCAUCAAGCAGUCGAACAUGGGAGGAACAAAUCAAUUCGCCGACGGAUAUUAUGCUGCCGAAAAUAUUCGAAAAUCCAAUUUAGCCGCCUUCAACCUACUCGCCGAAACUGUUGUCGACUUCCAUGAUAUGGGGCACGACCAACAUGUUGGGGAUUAUCUCCAGCAGUCAAGGGGCACGACCAUACAACUGGAUGGCGAUGGGAACUACAACCAUGUCCGCAUAUCAAACCACGGGAGAUGCGACUUCUUAAAUACCGACAAGGAACAUGCUCGGGAGUGGUACAAGGCGUACAUACUACUUUACCACUCCUUUUACGCCAAGGAAAAUAUGGUGGAAUACAAAAUGGAACCAGGUGAAAUUAUCUGCUUCGAUAAUGUCCGUGUCUUGCAUGGUCGCUCCGCUAUCUUUGCAAACUUCGGUGGUGAAGGCAGUCUACCAGAACGUCAUCUGGAGGGAGCGUACGUAGACUGGGAUGCCUGGAACUCCAAACUGCGCUCUCUCAGGGAAGAACUGGGACGUUAGAGCGACCUCCUCAGGGCGCGUUCCACUAUGUACUGUAACUGUGAAAACAAGGCACCCUUUCUUGGGUUCAUGUUACGUCACAUUGACAUCUAUACUUUUAUCUUAGCUGGGGCGUUGGGUGACCUCCUCAAGACUCCGAAAGUGCACACAAUGAACUUCUUGUUGUUUAUGUCAUAUUGACAUAAUAAUAAGUUUUGUUGUUUAUGUCAUAUUGACAUAAUAAUAAGUUUCUCUUUAUUUUUAGAUUAUUCUAAUACAGCAAGCCAUUCAUUUUGUUUUGAGUCAGGCAAAUUAUUAUGAAGGCCCAAGCAGAAUCCAGUUAAUUUUAGAACUACACGUAGCUUAGAUCAGGGCUAGAAUUCUUGAAUAACAAAGUUUUCACUUUUCAAACAAAAUGGCAUUUAUCAAAUGUUGAUAUUCUGGUUAAUACCCUGAUGAAUAAAGACUUUUUUAUUUACAAAUUA